AUGGGGACCUCUGAAAAAUCCGAUUCCUCGGUCCUUAAUGAUGGUACACUUAUCACAAACACCACCACAGACCUGAAAGAUUGUGAUGAUUCUGUUGAAUUGAAACCAAACCCCACCUCAGAGCAGGAGAAAUUGAAGUGGAAAAACAAUGAUUUUGCAAAUAGAACUGUCUUUCCAAAUGUCAGGUCCACACGGAACAGAGGAUCUGAGGAAAGACACUUUAUACGUAGCAGAAAGAGUAAGAAACCAGGAAGUGAUACUAUACUCAGAACUUUCCGACGCAUGCGUAGUGUCAAUAUGUGUUACCCCCAUCAUAAUUCAACAGCCUCUGAUUUCAUGGAACAGCUACAGUCGCUUCCAUACAAGGAUGCACACAAAGUUCCGUGGUGGACGUCUUGGCGAGUGCGCUUCUCUGGUCUGUGUUUCGUCGGUUUCUUUUUCUUGUAUGCCCAGAGAGUCAACCUCAGCAUUGCUAUCGUCUGUAUGAUAAAGACGGAACUCGCGGAAGCUAACACGAAGUAUCAGUCAAACUUUACCAAUAUGUCAACCUAUAGGACUCUUCUCAAUAAUUCCACAAUAAAAUAUCAGCAGGGCUACCUUAAUCAGUCUAGCCACGCUUCAGAAAUUCCACACAGUGUGCCAAAACUAUGUCCAGACCCACUUCUCUCUGAACACAUGGAAGGUGAGUUUAUUUGGGACAAAGCUCUUCAGGGAGCCAUUCUUGGAGCUUUCUUUUGGGGAUACACAGCUAUGCAGAUUCCGUCGGGUGUUCUUUCGGAACGCUUUGGGCCACGCCUGGUGAUUUUCGCAGGAAUGUCAUUGGUGUCCGUCCUUACUAUCUUGACACCAGUCCUUGCCCGAGGAAGUCCCAACCUGCUUAUAAUAACACGUGUCUUUAUAGGAAUAGGAGAAGCUACGAUGUAUCCUGGAGCUCAAGCAUUUUGGGCCAAAUGGUCUCCGCCCCAUGAAAGAAGUAGGCUUGUAGGAUUUGCAUUUGGAGGCACUCAGCUUGGAAAUGCUCUGGCGUUUCCAGUAUCCAGUCUUUUUUGUGAAUAUGUAGGCUGGCCGUGGAUAUUCUAUUUCUUAGGAUCCUGCUCGUUGCUCUGGACACUGUUUUGGGGGUUCUUCGUAAGGGACAGUCCAGGGGAAAUGCCAAAUAUAACAGAAAUCGAGAAAAAAUAUAUCGAACACUCGCUCGGAAAACAAAAUCUGCCAGAGAACCCUUAUCUGCGAAAGAAGGGCAAACCUUGGAAAUCUAUUUUGACGUCACUUCCUGUUUGGGCUAUUCUUGUGACCAAUGCAGCUGGUAACUAUGGUGCUUAUAUGCUGUUGACUCAGAUUCCGACAUAUCUGAAAGAAGUGCUCAAGUUUAACAUCAAGUCUAAUGGAAUUUAUUCUAUGAUACCAUAUCUAGCAUUCUGGAUGAUGAUCAUUGUGGCUGGAAUAUUUGCAGACACACUUAUUUCACGGCAAAUUCUAAGCAUCAAAUGGACAAGAAAGCUAUGCUGUGCAAUAGGUCAUUUUGUUCCUGCAGCUUUUUUGAUUGCUCUUGGUUAUAUGAAGUGUUUCCAGCAGGAAGCAGCCGUUUUCCUACUAACGCUGUCUCUUGCCUUCUGUGGUUUCCAGUUUCCGUCUGUUUUUGUAAACCAUGGUGAUAUUGCUCCCAACUAUGCUGGAACUAUAUUUGGUUUUACCAAUACUGGAGCGAGUAUUCCGGGGAUAAUUGCGCCGUACCUGGUCCCCUCCGUAACUGUUAAUAAAACACAACAAGGGUGGCUUGUAGCUUUCUAUAUUGCUGCUGUUAUCUACUGUUUGGGGGCCAUUUUCUUUCUGAUUUUCUCCGAUGGAGAAGUUCAGGAAUGGGCCAAAGAUAAGGAAGAAAUGGAGAACUUGGAGAACAUUACAGGACCACGAAAAGCUGCAGCACAAGAAAACAAUGACGCUCUUAGGCAUUAAUAAGGGAA